GCGGGCGCGUUGUUGGGCGUUGUGGGGCGCGGGCCGGCGCUGUGAGAAGGGGUCAAGAUGGUUCUGGAGAGCACCAUGGUGUGCGUGGAUAACAGCGAGUACAUGCGCAACGGGGACUUUCUGCCCACGCGGCUGCAGGCGCAGCAGGACGCCGUCAACAUCGUGUGCCACUCCAAAACCCGCAGCAACCCCGAGAACAACGUGGGGCUCAUCACCCUGGCCAAUAACUGCGAGGUGCUGACCACGCUGACGCCCGACACCGGCCGCAUCCUGUCCAAGCUGCACACCGUGCAGCCCAAGGGCAAGAUCACCUUCGGCACCGGCAUCCGCGUGGCCCACCUGGCGCUGAAGCACCGGCAGGGCAAGAACCACAAGAUGAGAAUCAUCGCCUUCGUGGGCAGCCCCGUGCACGACAGCGACAAGGACCUGGUGAAGUUGGCCAAGCGCCUGAAGAAGGAGAAGGUCAACGUGGACAUCAUCAACUUUGGGGAGGAGGAAGCCAACACGGAGAAGCUGACGGCGUUCAUCACGGCGCUCAACGGCAAGGACGGCAGCGGCUCGCACCUGGUGACCGUGCCCCCCGGGCCCAGCCUGGCCGACGCCCUCAUCAGCUCCCCCAUCCUGGCCGGGGAGGGGGGCGCCAUGCUGGGCCUGGGGGCCUCCGACUUCGAGUUCGGGGUGGAUCCCAGUGCUGACCCCGAGCUGGCGCUGGCGCUGCGCGUGUCCAUGGAGGAGCAGCGGCAGCGGCAGGAGGAGGAGGCCCGGAGGGCGGCGGCGGCCUCGGCAGCGGAGGCCGGGAUUGCCGCGGCCGGGGGGGAUGAGUCAGACGAGGCCCUGCUCAAGAUGACCAUGGGGCAGCCGGAGUUUGGCCGGGCGGGGCUGCCGGACCUGAGCUCCAUGAGCGAGGAGGAGCAGAUCGCCUACGCCAUGCAGAUGUCCCUGCAGGGCGCCGAGUUUGCCCAGGCCGAGGCAGCCGAGGUCGACAGCGGAGCAGCCAUGGACACGUCUGAGCCUGCCAAGGAGGAGGACGACUACGACGUGAUGCAGGACCCGGAAUUCCUGCAGAGCGUCCUGGAAAACCUUCCCGGGGUGGAUCCCAACAACGAGGCCAUCCGGAAUGCCAUGGGAUCCCUGGCGUCCCAGGCGGCCCGGGAGAACCGGGAAAACCGGGAAAACCGCGACAGGAAGGACGAGGAGAAGAAAUGAAACCCCCGGGAAAAACGGGUGGGAAUUGUUCGGGAAUCGCAGAAAUAAAAGGAAUCAAAGGAGUUUGUUGGGAA